AUGGCGGGUUUUCGUCGCCGUCACAGUCUCCCGCGCGGAUGGUCGCGGCUCCUGUCCCUCGCCGUCCUCGUCUUCUUCCUGGUCGAUCUCGCCCGCAUCUCGCGUUCCGGAAGCCCUUCGAUCCUCGAUCCGCGCCCGCCGUCGCGCACCGUGCAGUCCGGACGGCGGGUGUUUAUCGCAAGCAUCCAUUGGAAUAACGAAGCCAUUCUGCGCUCGCACUGGAACGAUGCACUGCUGGAUCUGGCCAGGACGCUGGGCCCGGAAAACGUGUUUGUGUCCAUUCUAGAGAGCGGCAGCUGGGACGGAAGCAAAGAUGCCUUGAGGAUCCUGGACGACGAGCUGGAGAAGCUGGGAGUCGAGAGAAAAGUCGUGCUGGAGGAGACAACGCACCAGGACGAGAUUGACCGCGUGCCGUCGCCAGACGAACCGGGCUGGAUCCGCACCGCAAGGGGAGCGAAGGAAUUAAGACGCAUCCCGUAUCUCUCGCGGCUGAGGAAUCGGGCCAUGGAGCCGCUGUCUGUCCUCGCGUCGCGAUCAGAGCAUCAAAGGACCUUUGACAAGGUCCUCUGGCUCAACGAUGUUGUGUUUACGACUACGGAUGUGUUGAAUCUCCUCGAUACGCGAGGCGGCGAUUACGCUGCCGCAUGCUCCCUCGACUUCUCCAAGCCUCCAUCCUACUAUGACACCUUUGCCCUGCGAGAUUCUUCCGGCGCCAAAGCCGUCACUCCCGCAUGGCCCUAUUUCCUUUCCUCGAAAUCUCGCCAUGCCCUGAUGACCAGCUCUCCGGUCCCGGUCAAGUCAUGCUGGAACGGAAUUGUCGCUUUCGAGGCUGCCCCGUUCUAUCAUCCGUCCGGCCCUGAGUUUCGUGGCAUCUCGGAUAGCCUGGCCAAGCAUCACUUGGAAGGGUCAGAGUGCUGCUUGAUCCAUGUCGAUAAUCCUCUUACGCCAGUCAAGGGCGUAUGGUUGAACCCGAAUGUCAGAGUCGGUUAUAAUGAACAGGCCUAUCUCGAAACCCAUCCGCGCUCCUCCGCUACCUGGCCGAGCUCGAGAGAAAGAAUCAAGGGAGUAUGGCAAAACAGAGCGGCCCGUUGGGUGAAUUUACCAUAUAGGAAUCUCGAGAAUCUAGUCGUUCGAUGGAGAGUCCGCCGUUGGAAAGCCGAAAACGGGUUGGAACGCGAGGAGCGCGGUCUGUACUGUCUGAUUAACGAGAUGCAGGUGCUAGUCAGGAACGGAUGGGCGCACGUUUGA